UUUCUGACGAACAAGUAACGAUUGCUUUUGCUGCGAAUCCUUGCGGCUUCUGUCAAAUCUGAGUCUUUUACGGUGAUCGCCAUACCUUCUUUAAAAGGCUGACAGGGGAGUACACGUAGAGGCUGGAACAUGGCGAUGGCGGGAAAGCGAGACAGCUUCGUAAGCGUGAUACUAACUCAUCUGAUAAUCUUCGGUAUCAUCUUCAGCUACAGCAGGAAAAAGACCCUAUGGCAUAAAACUGUCGACAAUGGCCAAGAUUCAAUGGGAAUUGCAUUGCAAUGCCUCCACCAACAUAGCUUACGGCUUCCUGAACUUGCGCUUGAGCUGAACCACAGGCGCCAUUUUGGCUACUCGAGGACCUCCUCCAAUGGCUUCUUCAGUGGUAGGAUAACCCGAUAUCGCAACAGCGUCUCCACCUUUCAUCUGUCUCGUUUGUUUAUUAGUUGGGAUGUCGAUUUAAACCCUGGCCUAAACAACGAGAAGCCGAAAUGUCAUAAGUGCUCGAGAUCUAUAGCUCGCAACCAUCGAUCACUUAACUGCAGCUCUUGUGGUUUUAAAUACCAUAUCAAGUGCGGAGAGGUCGCGGUAAAGCAAUUCAAGCAAAUUCAAACAUACGACCCAUCGAUCUGGACCUGUUCAGCAUGUCAACAACAUCCUACACCGGAAUGGGACACGAACUUCACGCUAUUACAAUCACUCCCUUAUUCUUCUAUUUCAAAUGAUUCAUUCCUAAUUAUGGCGGAUUCUAUGGAUACAGCAAUAACUCCCAGUCAACUACACAAAGAGGUUGACGAAAAUCAUUUAUUGGACCUCGCACAGAAGCUGGACACUCACUCAAGUAAGGAUCUUAGAGUGGCACACUUGAACGUAUGCAGCCUAAGAAAUAAGAUCGAGGAACUAAGGUGUUUACAGUUAAUAUGCAGAUUUGAAAUCCUUGAACCGAAGGAUCUUUCGAAGCCUAAAGAAGACAGAAAUCAGCGAAGGAUUACAGAACUCGCGAUCGUUUGUCAUUUUGAAAACACUGUUAUAGAAUUGUGA